AUGGCUGCUUUCACUCUCACAUUUGCUCCUACUACCCGAUCCUUCGGCCGAUCUGGCUACAACAAGGACGGCGACGACUCUGACUCCAAACCCACAAACAACCGUGGUCGAUCUGGCUACAACGAGCCUGAGGAGGGAGACUCUGGUCGCUCUGGCUACAACGGCCCUGAAGACGAUGAUUCCUCCAAGGGCAACAAGGGUCGCUCUGGCUACAAUGGUCCCAGCGACAAUGACGAGGAGUAA